GCAAAAUGAGCCGGAAUAUUGCCUUCUCGCGGCCGGCGACAUACAACCCCAGUUUGGUGAAGAAAGGGUCGACCGUUGAUGACGACGAGGAUGCAGCAAGGCGCCAGCAGCUCAAGGAAGAGCUUGGACUGACAGAAGACGACGACGACGAUGGCGGCGAGUCUUGCCGUCGCAGCGGCGGUGGCGCGUCGGACGAGUGGCGCCAGCGUUGCGACGAUGCCAUGGCCAAGCUCAAGAUUGCGUUGGCGAACGAAGAGAAGGCACAGAGCUCGUUGAGCAAGCUACAACUGCUGAGCAAGUCCCAAACGGCAAUCUUGAAAUCGACCUUUGACAAGAAACUCAAAUCCAAAGAAACGAUCGUGCUCGACUUGCUGCAAGUGAUUUCGGACCACGAGUCCAAGCUCCAAAAGAGCGGCAUCCCGUUCGACGCGUUCGAAGGCCCGAUUAAGGAAGACGUAACGGCAACAGUAGGUCCGGAUGCCACCGUGGACGCGUUCGCGACCCUCAAGGCGCAAGUUGACUCGCUCACCGACGAAAAUGUCAGUCUUCGCUCGAAACUGACCAGCGCGACCGCCUUCCCGGCCACGACAAGUGCCACCGGCAACCCCAAACUUGAAAAAGACUCGCCGCAACUUCUCAAAAAAAUCGCCACAUUGGAGAACGAAAAGCAGAGCUUGCUGCAACUGCUCAAGGACGCGCAGUUGAAACUGAGUGCGCAAAAGGCAGCCAAACCGACGUCGUCGGGGGACGCCACUCCACCCCCUGCACCACCUUCCGUCGUCAAUACCGACGAAUUCAAGGACCUGGAGCGUAAGCUGGCCAAAGCCGAGGGGGACCUGAAAAAAGCUAGCCAAAAGUCGGAAGCGGCGGAGAAGGAGUUGGCGACACUCAAGUCGAGCGACACAUCGUCCACGGACAAGAUCAAGUUGGCCGAGGCUGAGGCGCAGCUGACCGCCACAACCGCCAAGAUGACCGACAUGAAGAUGGAGCUAGAAGCGUCGUUCCAAGCCAAACACGACAAGCUCAAGCAGGCGGCGGAGGCGGACUUGGCCAAGUUGAAGGACCAGGCGAAGAAGUCGAUCCUGGAUCUACGCAAGAAGCUCGAGACGACGUCACGGUCCAGCGCCGACGUGAACGCGCGGCUCGCCAAGGCCAAGAGUGACAUCACCAAGCACAAGGUGGAGCUCAAGGCGUUGCGGGGGGACGUGGGGGCGCUGAUGACGACGCUGGGGGCGGCAGCCAAGGACAUGGCGGGCAAGAUCGAGGGGCGCGUGCGGGCGCAGACGGACGCGCUGGCCGGCGUCGUGGAAAAUUACAAACGCGAGAUGAAGGAGCGCAAGAGGCUGUUCAACAUGGUGCAGGAGCUGCAAGGCAACAUCCGCGUGCUGUGCCGGUUCCGUCCGAUCUCCAAGAGCGAGACGGCCAACGGCAGCAAAGUUGUGACGAAAUUCACAGGCCACGAAGAAGUGUCGCUAGUGGGGGACAAGGGUAAGAGCAAGGCGUACGAGUUCGAACACGUGUUUGACAUGGCGUCGACCCAGGACCAAGUGUUUGCCCAAGUCAAGCCAUUGAUUACGUCCGUGAUGGACGGGUUCAACGUGUGCAUCUUUGCAUACGGCCAAACCGGGUCGGGGAAGACGUUUACCAUGUCUGGAUCGGCCGACAACCCCGGCAUCAACCCCCGCGCGUUGACCGAAUUGUUUGCGCUCAAGGACAGUCGAGCGAAAGAGUACAGCGACGACAUCAACGUCAGCAUUAUGGAAAUCUACAACGAAGUCAUCCGAGAUCUACUGGCCGACAACGCCGCCAGCACGAACCUGUCAGUGCGACAAGGCACCAACGGCAACUUUGUGCAGGGCCUGACCAUGGUUCCAGUGAAAGAAGCGGCCGACGUGUUCGGGUUAAUCUCCAAAGGCAACCAGAAUCGGUCCACCCACGCCACCGACAUGAACGAGCACAGUAGUCGCAGUCACUCGAUCCUGUCCAUCUACGUCAAGAGUGUCAAUUUGGCCACAAACACCGUCGCAAACGGCAAGCUGCACUUGGUCGACUUGGCCGGGUCCGAGCGGCUCUCCAAGACGGGUGCCGAAGGGCUGCGGUUGAAGGAGGCGCAAAACAUCAACCAGUCCCUGUCCACGCUGGGCAACGUCAUCCAAGCGCGCGCCAACAAGCAGAAGCAUGUGCCGUACCGCGACUCGUCGCUCACGUACCUGCUGCAGGACUCCCUCGGCGGCGAUUCCAAGACGCUCAUGGUCGCGUGCUCGUCGCCAGUCGACUACAACGCUGAAGAGUCAUUUUGCACACUUAACUUCGCCAGUCGCGCGAGGUGCGUGGAAAUGGGAAAAGCCACCAAACACGUGGCAAAGGCAACCAAAGAGUAGUGUGUGUGGCAUUUCGUAAAGCACAACCAAAUGCACGUGAAAACAAUGCUGCACUUUGAUGUGAUCGCAAAGUAUACAUGUCAUUGCUGCGGUCGACAUCGUCGGAAGAAUCGCGUGGCUCGUUCGUGUUGUGUGUCAAUUGAUCUUAAUGCUAACGUUAUUG